AAAACUGUGUUACAGUGAUGCGAGGAUCUGUAGAAUGACGUUGAUGUUACUCCUCUGAGAUCAAAGUUACUAUUAAUAUCAAUUUCGAUGAACUAGAGACCGCUGUAGGGAGAUUGUGGGAACUGUUCAGAACGGUUUAAUCUGGGAGGACACGACUUCUACUGAGAAUGCAUGCCCUGAACGACAAUUCGUUUUCACCUCAAAAACCUGGAUCGCAGUUUUGUCUCUCCUUCCGUACGAUGACCCAAGAUGGCGGAGCCCGGGAUUGAAAACCCAGAUUCAAGAUGGCGACUUCCAGCUUCCCCCAUAGCGUCGCGCGUGGCCACCGAGGCCACGCCUACUUCCGGCGACUCCGGCUCAGCAUGGCUGCUUUAGCGACUGUUCUCUUCACAGGUGUCCGGAGGCUGCACUGCGGCGCAGCCGCUUGGGCGGGCAGCCAGUGGCGACUACAGCAGGGACUGGCUGCCAACCCCUCCGGCUACGGGCCCCUUACAGACCUCCCAGACUGGUCAUAUGCGGAUGGCCGCCCUGCUCCCCCAAUGAAAGGCCAACUUCGAAGAAAAGCUGAAAGGGAGAAGUUUGCAAGACGAGUUGUACUGCUGUCACAGGAAAUGGACACUGGAUUACAAGCAUGGCAGCUCAGGCAGCAGAAGUUGCAGGAAGAACAAAGGAAGAAGGAAAAUGCUCUUAAAUCCAAAGGGGCUUCACUAAAGAGCCCACUUCCAAGUCAAUAAAAAGCAGCUCCUGCCUCCCUCA